AUGAGGUUCUGUGAGAAAUGGAUAACAUGGAUUAUGAAGUGCAUAAGUACAGUCUCCUUCUCCUUUAACAUCAAUGGAGAGUGUAAGGAAUACAUUGUACCAGAAAGAGGGAUAAGACAAGGUGACCCUCUGUCACCUUAUCUAUUUCUUAUAUGUUCAGAAGGCUUCUCUAGCCUGCUGAAGAGAGCAACACAAACAAGGAAUAUGGCUGGCAUGAAGAGAAGCAGACAUGGUCCCUCAAUAACCCAUCUUUUUUUUGCUGAUGACUCCCUGAUCUUCUGUAAAGCCAACUCUCAAGAAGCAAAGGAGCUGAAGAGGAUACUAGAGGUAUAUGAACAAGAAUCUGGUCAGAUGGUUAACUUAGACAAAUCUAGUGUGUUUUUUAGCAAAAAUGUGAAUUUAGCAACAAAGGAGGACGUGUGUACGGAACUAGGAGAUUUGGAGAAUCAUCAGAAAUCCAAAUCUGUUAUCCAACAAAAAAUUCUGAAAAGCAAAUACUUCCCAAAUUGCAGUGUGCUGGAUUGCAAAACUCCCAACAAUGCUUCAUGGUUUUGGCAAAGCAUCAUGAGUGCAAGAGAAGAGCUUCAAUGGGGGAUACGGAAAAGGAUAGGGAAUGGACUUUUAAAAAGAAUUUGGGAAGAUCAAUGGAUUCCAAACCAACAUUUAAGGAGGCCUGUCACAAUCAAGCCGGAAAAUUGUCAAGUACAGAAAGUUGCUGAUUUGAUAGAAGGCUACAGGUGGAAUAGGAAUCUCAUCUUCAAAAAUUUCAAAAAGGAAGAUGCUGAAAACAUUCUCAAGAUCCCCAUAAGUAUUACAGGAAGAGAGGAUGACUUCUUCUGGACAGAAAACCAAAAAAGGGAGUACACGGUACAAUCAGGUUACAAGGCAAUCCAAACUAAGAAAGAACAAGAGGGCAGAGGGAGAAGAGAAAGGAUUGAGCCCAGCAACAGACCAAGAAGGAAUGACAUGUUGAGAGUGUUGUGGAGCCUAAGAAUCAGUCACAAAAUUAAGAUCUUCAUAUGGAAAGGCCUGAAAGAAGCAAUUCCAAUCAAAGAAUUAAUCUGGAGAAGAAUGUCAAAAGGAGGCCCUAUAUGCUUAGGUUGUGGAAAGGAGCUAGAAACCUUGGAACAUCUACUGCUGAAAUGCAAGAAAGCAAAGGAGAUCUGGAAAGCUACACCAAUACAAUGGGAUGGGAUUCAAGAGCUGACUUGGAAUUUCAACAGCUGGUGGGCUGCAUUAUCCGAAGCAAUUCAGAGAGAUCAGGGGAUGGACCAUAUAUCUCUUACAGCAUAUAUUCUUUGGCAAAUUUGGAAAAGCAGGAACGAUAAAGAGUUCAACAACAAAACACAUGAUCCAGCACAAAUGAUCAACAAAGCCUGGAAUGCUUGGAUGGAGUUCAAUGAAGGGAUCAAAAAGGCUAGGAGGUAUAGCAUUGAACAAACAACAGCACCACUUCAAAUGGAGGAACAAGAAGCUAGCCAAAACCCAGACAAUAGAUCAGCAGGAAUGCAUAUAAGAAUAGCAACCAAGUGGAACAAGGCAUCAAAGUCCAUUGGGUAUGGUAUUGUAGCAGCUGACUGUAGAGGGCAGGAUGUGAUGGGAUGGAAAAUGAGGGAAAACGAAAGCUGA